AUGGCAUCUCCAUCUUCAGUCAGUACUCGUCUCGAGGAAAAUGAAUCAGACUGGCAAUAUGGACCUCGGUCGGCAAAGCGACGCCGGCGAGCAUCUACAGCAGCCGCCUCAAGACCCUCCCCCCGUGAGGUCGGGUUCAUGAGGGAGCCUCAGAAUGAAGGCUCUGCUAGUUUCCUUGGCAGCUCCAGUGGGAUUCAUUUCAUUCGGCAUGUCUACAACGCCUUUGCUCGCCGGUCGGCAGACUUGCAGCAAAAUCGAGCCCGGGAUAAGAGCUCAGUUCCGGGAGAAGAUGACCGGUUACAGCGCGGGAGUGAACGUGCUCAUGACGCAUUCUGGUUACCGGAGGAAUUGAGCUUUGCUCGAAAUGCUGUGUUCAGUUUCGAGGACCUUGUCAACUGGACACGUCGAUAUUUUGAGAAUUGGCAUCCAUGUUUCCCCUGUCUUCAUGCGCCGACCGUGUUGCAAGCUAUGGAAAGACUUGCUCGUCAAGGGCCAGAGUCUGUUAGCCGCUUAGAUAUGAUUGUGAUCCGUUCCUUGAUCUCGAUAUCUAUUGGAGAUGAGCGCCAAGCGAAGACUUCCGGCUCGGAGAAACGCCAAAUCCCUGCAAUACUCGUGUUUCAAAGCGUGCAGCAUGUCAUGCAAGAAAUACAAAGCUUACUUGCAGAGCCCACAACGCUACCGCUGCUUCAGGCGGCCUUCACGGCCCAAUUGGCUCUCACUUCGCUUCUCCGUUUGAAUGCCGCCUCUCGGGUUGGAGGUGUCAUCACUCGCACGGCAUUCCAUCUAGGCUUGCAUCGCUGCCCUGGUCGAUUUUCUUGUUUUAGUAAUGAAGAGAUCGGUAUACGCAGGCGUCUUUUCUGGUCCAUCUAUUCACUGGAACGGUAUCUCUCUCAAGCCCUUGGGAUUCCUCUUGGUAUACGAGACGAUGACAUCGACGUGUGUUAUCCAGACGCCGAGAGGCAUGUCACUCAAAAUCCUUCAACACCCAAUGAUCAGCGCCUACGGUUGCUUUGUCAUCUUGCAAAGUUUGCCAGAAUCCGGGGGUUGAUACUGGAGCUUCGAAACAAGUCUAUCUUGCAUAGUCAUGCCGGUGCGCGGGAGGCGUCGCAUGUUAAUGGCGAACUCUCUCAGUGGUGGAAUGAAGUCUACGACGAUGUCAAUCCGAUCGAAGACUCUGCAGGCCCUGAAUCAGAAGCAAGCGCCACGCUCACUCCCUAUCAUCGGUUAUUGCUGAUAAUCCUCAGACAUGACGCAAUUAUUGCAAUGAAUCGGCCACUACUUGCUGCGGAGAGGACUAAUCCUGAAUAUAAACAUGCUUUGCAAACAUGUAUUGCUUCCUCUCGAUCGUCAUUGGCUGCAUUGAAGAGAUACAUGUCUUCUGAAUCCUAUGCACCACUCACCUGGCCAUCCUUCACCUGGACGACAUGGAUGGCCUGCCUGGUCUUGAUGUACGCCUCGUGGGAGGGAGAAUUGCCUGUCGCCACAGCAUUGAAAUAUGCGAAAAUGGCUGUCCAGGUGUUGGAGAAUCUUUCCUUGCGUGGAAAUAGCUGGCCAGAGACAUGCAUCGAGGCAAUCAAAAGCAUGGAGUCUGCUCUGUCAACAAAAAUGCCUGGGAGAUAUCCAAAGGGAAAUCCUGCCGAGCCUGCGAGUUCCGAGAGAGGUGCAAAUGCCAAUCAGACCUCUCUGGAGAGCAAUACUUCAAGUGGGGAAAACGAACUCAUUAAUCAAGAUUCCGCCAUCUUUUCGACGCCCAAGAAUCCGGCAAACGAUAUCAAUGAAAUCACACACGGUGACCAGUUUUUGAAUGCGCAAAACUCGGCCGGGCUUAUCUUUGGCAAUUUGGUCAACAACAGUGCUGCACCCUUCUACCCAGGGAUUGCAGGCCAAGACCCAUUUCCAUUUUCAGAUCCGUCCUCACUUCCCAUGAAUGAUUUAUGGAGUGUAGCUGAUGGUCCAUGGAUGAUUCAUGGAGACUUUCUGUAA